UUCGCCUCGCCUCUCUUGACCAGAUCGCGAAGACCUAUGUCAGUAUGUCCUUGCCUCUCCCCUAAUCUUUUUUUUUUCUCUCUCGCUCCUCUUUCUUAUCUCCACCUACUCAAUGGCGUUCUACGCUCCCGGGCAGCUCUUGAGCCCAGGCCUCGGCCCAUCCCUCCGAUCUCGGCGUAGAAUAGCCACUGCCACCACCACUACCGCCGCCACCACCAUCUCCACUAACAACAACAGCGCAGCUAUAUCCUCCUCUAUUUCUACUAUCAAAUGCCAAGUCUCCUCCGGGCAAAACCCAGAAGCCUCAAAAUCAUCAUACAAAACCCUUUCCUCCAUCACCAAAACCCUAGGAUUCUCUGCUGCCACUGGUCUCCUUUUCCACCUUUCCUCCAUCCGUUCUAUACUCCCUGUCUCUGGUAAUGGUACUGGCAAUGGCGAUUUCACCGGUGGCGGCGACAGCGGAGGCGGUGGUGGUUGGAAUGGCGGUGAAGGUAACGAUAAUGGAAAUUUCUGGUCGAGGCUAUUAUCUCCCUCUGCCAUCGCCAAGGAAGAAGAAUCCCAAUCUCAAGAAUGGGACUCUCAUGGUCUUCCCGCCAACAUUGUUGUUCAACUCAACAAACUUAGUGGGCUCAAGAAAUACAAGGUAUCCGAGAUUCUGUUCUUUGAUCGACGGCGAUGGACGACUGUCGGCACUGAAGAUUCUUUCUUCGAGAUGGUCUCCCUCCGGCCUGGUGGUAUCUACACUAAGGCACACCUUCAGAAGGAGCUCGAAACCCUAGCUACGUGCGGAAUGUUCGAAAAAGUUGAUCUUGAGGGGAAGACCAAGCCCGAUGGAACCAUUGGUGUCACGAUAUCUUUCACAGAAAGCACUUGGCAGUCGGCCGAUGCAUUCCGUUGCAUUAAUGUUGGAUUGAUGCCACAGACAAAGCCGAUCGAGAUGGAUCCUGACAUGACCGAUAAGGAGAAAUUGGAGUAUUUUCGGAGUCAGGAGAAAGAUUACAAGAGGAGGAUUGAGAGGGCGAGACCUUGUUUGUUGCCUCAUCCUGUUCACAGGGAGGUCUUGCAGAUGUUGAGGGAACAGGGGAAGGUGAGCGCCAGGUUGCUGCAGAGAAUUCGGGACCGGGUCCAGAAGUGGUACCACGACGAAGGAUAUGCAUGCGCUCAGGUGGUGAAUUUUGGAAAUCUGAAUACAAGGGAGGUUGUCUGUGAGGUAGUGGAGGGAGAUAUUACGCAGUUGGUGAUACAGUUCCAGGACAAGCUGGGCAAUGUCUGUGAGGGGAACACUCAACUUGCAGUUGUGAGGAGAGAAUUGCCCAAACAGCUUCGACAAGGCCAUGUCUUUAACAUAGAAGCUGGGAAACAAGCCCUCAGGAAUAUAAAUUCGCUUGCUUUGUUCUCCAAUAUUGAAGUGAAUCCAAGGCCGGAUGAAAAGAAUGACGGAGGCAUCAUAGUAGAGAUAAAGCUUAAGGAGCUUGAACAAAAGACAGCUGAAGUCAGCACGGAAUGGAGUAUUGUGCCUGGGCGUCAAGGUCGCCCUACUCUGGCUUCAAUCCAGCCUGCAGGAACUGUUUCCUUUGAGCAUAGGAAUAUCAAGGGGCUAAACARAUCCAUUCUUGGUUCAGUAACUACCAGCAACUUCUUCAAUCCUCAGGAUGAUCUUGCUUUCAAGCUUGAGUAUGUCCACCCAUAUCUUGAUGGUGUGAACAAUCCCCGAAACCGUACCUUUCGUACAAGCUGCUUCAACAGUAGGAAAUUGAGUCCAGUAUUCACAGGUGGACCUGGCGUGGAUGAAGUUCCACCUAUAUGGGUUGAUCGAGCAGGUUUCAAGGCCAAUAUCACAGAGAACUUUACCCGCCAGAGUAAAUUCACUUAUGGAAUUGUGAUGGAAGAGAUUACAACACGUGAUGAAAGCAGCCAUAUUUCUGCACAUGGGCAGCGGCAAUUGCCAAGUGGUGGAAUCAGUGCAGAUGGGCCUCCAACAACCCUUAGUGGUACUGGUAUUGAUCGAAUGGCAUUUGCACAGGCAAACAUUACUCGCGACAAUACCAAAUUUGUCAAUGGGGCAAUCGUUGGUCAGAGGAAUGUGUUUCAGCUGGAUCAGGGCCUUGGUAUUGGCAGCAAGUUCCCAUUCUUUAAUCGCCACCAAUUAACGGUGACCCAAUUCAUCCAGUUGAAGCAAGUAGAGGAAGGUGCUGGAAAACCACCACCCCCUGUAUUGGUCCUUCAUGGCCAUUAUGGUGGUUGUGUGGGUGAUCUCCCAAGUUAUGAUGCUUUUACUCUUGGUGGGCCCUAUUCUGUGAGGGGUUACAACAUGGGUGAGCUUGGAGCUUGCAGAAAUAUCCUGGAGCUUGCCGCUGAGCUACGGAUACCUGUGAGGAACACACACGUCUACGCAUUUGCAGAACAUGGAAACGAUUUGGGAAGUUCAAAGGACGUCAAGGGGAACCCAACAGAGUUCUACCGGCGAGCAGGUAAUGGCUCAUCGUAUGGUGUUGGCAUGAAGUUAGGUCUAGUACGAGCUGAAUAUGCUGUUGAUCAUAAUGCUGGCACCGGUGCAGUAUUUUUCCGAUUCGGAGAGAGAUUCUGAGGAAGAGUAUCGAAUGAUUUUAAGACAUCUAGUUUCAAUUUUGCUUAAGAUUAAUUUCUAUUGGUGCGGUAGGCGAGAACAGUUUAUCUAGAGCCCACAAGUUGAGUGAGAAACUUUAUAUUGGAUCAACUUGAAGUUUUUAUUUUUUAUUUUUUAAUUUUAGGUUUCCCGUAACAUAUGUUCAUAUGCAUUUUCAUUCUAGUAAAAAAUCUCGAGUACUAAAGUGUUAGGUUUUCUUUCUGUUGACUGUUGUCACUUUUAUUUCCCUUUUUGAUUGUAGCAACUUCAACUUCAUUUGUAUUGCUGAGCAUUAUUGAAUGGAAACUGCCUUUUUAGGCAUAAAAA